AUGAUCCAGACUGAUCGCCUGUACUCUGCAGACGACUUGUACAUGCUUCGGCAAGGUGAGGAAGAACCCCUUCAGGAGUAUGCCGCCCGCUCCAGCCAUGAGUACUCUCGUUACCCGGAGACUGACGAUCGCGCUGCCUUCGGUGCUUUCAAGAGUGGCCUCCGCAAGUACAUCUUCCGAUACCUGGUCCACAAUAACCCUUGGAACACGUAUUUAGAGCUAAUGAAGCAGGCAGCCGUCCCACGCCAAGGCCGAGUAUUUCAACUCCAAGCGUGGCCCAGCCACCUUUACCCGUAG